AUGAGCAGAUGCGAUUUUAAAAUUGUUCUAUUAGGCAGCGAACAUGUUGGGAAAACGAGUCUCGUAUUACGUUUUGUUAGUUGCAAUUUCAAUUCGGGCACACCUUAUCAAAACACAAUUGGUGCCGCAUUCUGUGCCAAAACAAUGCACUCUGGUGGGAAGGACUUCAAUGUGGGGAUCUGGGAUACGGCAGGCAGUGAGAGAUAUGAGGCAAUGACCAAAAUGUACUACAGAGGAGCCCAUGCAGCCAUAAUAUGCUACGAACCAUCCAGCCUCGAUACCUGGACGAGACUAAGGCAUUGGCUCCAUGAAUUGAGGACCGUAGAAGAGGAAUGCAAGGUGUACCUUUGCGCUACCAAGAAGGAUCUACUAGACUCUGGAACUGUCGUCCGAGAGGUCCCCGAAGACAUAGUGGCCACAUACUCCCAAGGGCUGUGUGGGCACUUCAUGACUUCUAGCAGAACUGGAGAGAAUGUUGAGGAGCUAUUCCAGAGGAUCGUGGACGACUGCGCAGCGGACGUCGCCUUCAUGAGGGGCGUAGAGGAGACCCGGGUUCAGCUCGCGAAGGAGGAGGCUGCGUACAAAGCGAAGAGCAGAGACUACUGUUUCUGC